GAUUGCGGAGAGCGCCGGGCGGCGCUGCUGGGGCUAUCGCGGGGGGGAUGUCCAAGGCUGGGAUUAGCGGCGAGGCCAGUGCAGUCCCAGGCGCUAAUCCCAGGCGAGCCGCUGCCCCGGCCCCUCUUGCCCACGCGCUCGCCGCCCACUCCCCGCGGGCGGGCCCCGGGCCAGGCGCUUCCUGCGCCGCGGGUUCUUGUCCCUCCCAGCCCAGGGCGCAGCGGGGGAUUGACAGAGCCCAGCCCCUGGGUGACUCAGACGCCGCAACCUUCCCUUAAAUGCUCGCGCCGAGGACGGGGGGAACCGGCCCGGCCGCGCAGGAAGCAGCUGUAGCUCCAGGACCGCCGCGCUGAGCAUGGCCGGGCUGCCCCAGCAUCUGCCCCCGCUCCUCCUGCUGCUGCUCGGGGGCUGCCUCUGCCCGGCCUCCGACGCCGGCCUCUACUUCAGGGAGGGGCAGCACUGCUACAAACCGGCCCCGCGCCAGCCCCCCGGGCUCAGAACCUACCCUCGACCUCACGAGUACCUGGACAUCACUAAACUUCCCCCGAGUUGGGAUUGGCGAAAUGUAAACGGGACCAAUUUUGCCAGUACCACUCGGAACCAGCACAUUCCUCAGUACUGUGGGUCUUGUUGGGCUCAUGGCAGCACCAGUGCCUUAGCAGACCGCAUCAACAUUAAGAGAAAAGGUGCUUGGCCUUCUGCCUACCUCUCUGUUCAGAAUGUUAUUGACUGUGCCAACGCAGGGUCCUGCGAAGGUGGAGACCACACAGGUGUUUGGAUGUAUGCUCACGACCAUGGCAUUCCAGAUGAGACCUGUAACAACUACCAAGCCAAAGACCAAACAUGCAAGAAGUUUAACCAGUGUGGAACCUGUGUUACCUUUGGGGAAUGCCACGUGAUAAAGAACUACACCCUCUGGAAAAUUGCUGACUAUGGCUCUGUCAGUGGGAGGGAAAAAAUGAUGGCAGAAAUCUAUGCCAAUGGUCCAAUCAGUUGUGGCAUAAUGGCUACUGCACAGCUGGAUGCCUACACGGGAGGACUUUAUGCUGAAUACAACCCCUCUCCUAUGGUGAAUCACAUUGUAUCUGUGGCUGGCUGGGGUGUGGAAAAUGGAACCGAAUACUGGAUUGUCCGUAACUCCUGGGGCGAACCAUGGGGUGAACUGGGCUGGCUGAGGAUUGUGACAAGCGCAUAUAAAGGUGGAAAAGGAGCUGAGUACAAUCUCGCUAUUGAAGAGGAUUGUGCCUACGGGGAUCCUGUAUUACCUUGAUUGUUUCUAGGGUUUAAUGGGGUUCUUUCUGGCUUUGAAAUUUUAUUUCCCCCCCCCCCUCCAAUUGUAUUUUGUUUUAAUUAAAAGGCAGUUUAACUAUUCUGUAGUAAAGAAUGACCAGGCAGUUAAGAGGAAUUAGCUCAAAUCACCAUGAUGUUUUAGAAGUGGAAAAACUGCCUCUAAAUUUUUAACUUGCACUGCGUAUUUAAAAGCAGCUGUUAAGACAAAUUUGCUUAUCCUCUGCUUUAUGUGCCUGGUACUUACCAAGCAACUUAUCAGAAGUUAUAGGUACAAAUCUUCUCACUGGAAAAAUCAUUCUUUCUUGUCCAUAUAAGAUUUGUUUUACACUUGUAACAAAGGAGGUUUUCCUUCUAGUACAAACUUUAAAGUUUACUUUAAGCAAGAGGUACGGAUUUCUUUUAAAAAUUUGGGUUUAGACUUGCAAAUUAUAUACAAAGUACAAUAGCAAAGUAAAUAUCAGUGAGCUACAUAAAUGCUGAAACCGUACUAUGUUUUUUGUUCUCUAUUUUAAAACUGUGUCCUAUAGUCACAUCCUAUUGUUUCACUAAGGCAUGUGUUGCAUUGCAGAUUGUCAGAUAAAAAUGACAAAAUGAUGCAACAGUAACCAAAUCUCUUUAAAACCACUGGAAAAUGUUUAAUAUAAGCAAUGAUUGUUAUUGCCUGAUGCUUUCUUUACUCUAAUUCUAGGCUUUGGUAUUUGAA